GAAUGAGUAGUAUGCGUGAAGCAUUUCGUUAGAAAGCUUCGGUGUGUGCAGUCAUGAUGUUCGAUAGCUGAAAAGAAUUAGGUGUCUAUUUAUGUGUAAAAUUUGUUUGUGAAUUCCAGUGUAUUAAAAACAUUACUCUGAUAUGUCCUUAAACAACGUUUAUGUCUGUAAACUGUAAACUGUAAUCGAACUAUCGCGUAAGGAACAGGUGUUGGUUGUACAAGCGUGUGGAAUCUUUUGUGCUAUACAAUUUUCUUGAAUGCAGGAUCUUCAAGGAAAAAAUACUCUGGUCUAAAUAAGUUGGCAUUUCGUAGUUUCAACGAGUGGUAUUCAUCCAACGAAACAACCGACAGGAACUGUGAAUUGAACUAUCUCUACCACAAUUAUCAUCUCAAUGGAAGAUCCGAAUCGAAUGAUGGGAGGCCACGGUGGCUUAAUGCCACCAAAUUAUGGCAUGCCGACCAACGAUGGUCAAGCAGGAGUGGACAACGAUCCUAGGAAACAAGAUAUUGGCGAAAUUUUGCAGCAAAUCAUGAACAUUACUGACCAAUCCCUGGAUGAGGCUCAAGCUCGCAAGCACACACUUAACUGCCACAGGAUGAAACCAGUUUUGUUUGCUGUGUUGUGCGAAAUCAAGGAAAAAACAGUUCUAUCGCUGCGAAACACCCAAGAAGAAGAACCUCCAGAUCCGCAGUUGAUGCGAUUGGACAACAUGUUGAUUGCGGAAGGAGUCGCUGGUCCAGAAAAAGGCGGUGGUGCAGGUGCGGAUAGUGCCGCGGCAGCAAUGGCCGCUGCCAACGAUUUUUUGUCACAAUCUGAUCUAACUGGUGGACAAGACAAUGCGAUCGAGCAUUCAGACUAUCGUGCAAAAUUAGCCCAAAUUCGCCAGAUUUAUCACCAGGAGCUUGAAAAAUAUGAACAAGCUUGUAGCGAGUUUACCACGCAUGUAAUGAACUUACUAAGAGAGCAAAGCCGUACAAGGCCCAUUACUCCGAAAGAAAUUGAACGUAUGGUACAAAUCAUUCAUCGUAAAUUCAGCUCCAUCCAAAUGCAGCUCAAACAAUCCACCUGUGAAGCCGUUAUGAUCUUGCGCUCACGAUUCUUAGACGCACGAAGAAAGAGGCGUAAUUUCAGUAAGCAGGCUUCUGAAAUUCUAAACGAAUACUUCUAUAGCCACCUAAGUAACCCUUAUCCGUCAGAAGAGGCCAAGGAAGAACUAGCAAGAAAAUGUGGCAUUACGGUUUCACAAGUUUCAAAUUGGUUUGGAAAUAAGCGCAUUCGUUACAAAAAGAACAUUGGGAAAGCUCAGGAGGAAGCAAAUCUGUACGCUGCCAAAAAGGCAGCAGGCGCAUCCCCGUACUCUAUGGGAGGACCUCCUAGCGGCGCCGCUACUCCAAUGAUGUCUCCCGCCCCUGCGCAAGACUCAAUGGGUUAUUCAUUGGGAUCUGGUGGUUAUGAUCAGCAGCAGCCCUACGAUGGUAGUAUGGGAUACGAUCAAUUACACCAGGAUUUAAGUCCGUAAAUUGAUAAAGAGGAUUAGCCGGGUAUACAAAAAUCAAUACUUCCGAACGCUACCGGUGCUGUUCAUGGCAACAAUAUCUGGAUUUUGUGUUUAAAAUUUCGUAUUCGUUAUUUUUAACAUUUUUACUACAAACAUUUUGCAAAAAACAGCCACCGAUACCGAUACACACUAGAAAUGAACAUGGAAUAGCUCUUGAAGCGUGCAAAAUAUGAAGUGUAUCUUUAGUUUUACUUUCUACCUUAAAGUACAUCACACAUCAAGAUGAGAACACAAGUAUACGGAUAAAUGGCAUUAAACUAACUUUGAAAAUAAGUCAAAUAAAGUGUGUUUUGCCGAAAUGAUUGGUUCCCGCCUAACAAUACAAAUAUUUAAAAUGAAAAAACAUUGAAUUCAUUUUACAAGGAACAAACGUAUCCAACCUGCAUUCAACGAUGUUAAUUAAUACGAUUUAGGACAGAUAUCAGGAGUAGUAACGAUGGCGCAAAGCAACUGAUAUGAUUCCUACUGAAAUUGAAAUGGAAAAAGUCUCAUGUAAUACGUCUCACUCAUGACAUGUAACUAAUCAUGAAGACAUGUAAUGAGUAGUAGAAUUUGAAAAUAUUUGUUUCUUCGUAACCCAUCCCUUGGCUUUGGUGAAGAAUGGUAUUUUAAUUUCACGAAUUACUAUAUAACGAAUUCAUACUAUUGACAUUAUGAAUUGGAAUUCAAUAUAUGUCACAUUAUGUGCUAUAUGUUUUUGUUUUUGCAAGAUGGAUUGAAAUGCUUUUCGCAUGUUUUAUAACAAGCUGCAAGGUUGAAAUAAAAAUAGAUGGAUUCUACAGUGUACGCUUUACCCGAUGUAACCAACUGAUUCAGAAUUCAUGUAUUAUAUAAUUUUACCGGAUCAAUAAUAUGUGUUAUUUAUGAUGUUACUAUUAUAAUCUCAUAACCUUUUUUUUAAAUACACUGGAUGAUUAAAUGCAUUAGCAUAAUUUACAUCAAAAGCCCUGCUGCAUACACAGCAAUCAAAAUAUUUAAAAUCUUCGAGAUCACCACUAUCACCUGGCAAUAAACCACAAAAUACUUUUUAAAUUUACUUUGCAAAAAAAUAUUUUUUGGAUGAUGCUUCAGAAAGAAACUGAACACAUAAAAAUACCAUUUUCAUGAUGAAAUUUGAAGACAACAACAUAAACUGCAUAACUGAAUACGGAGAGAAAUGUAAUCAUAGAGGAAUCUGGGAAUCAAACUCACGGUGUAUACCUUUAGAUAAUAGGAUUGCAUAAGAACGAUGAUAGAAAAAGCAGCGCUACAAUGGAUGAUGCAAUGGCAAUAGAAUGCAACACGCUAAUUGGACGUCGCACCAAGGUCAAGAAAUAGUAAUUUUACGUGAACGUGACACUAAAUACAACAACAUAAAAAACUACAUCGAAAUUGAAAUUAGAAGAUAAAUACAAAAAUCAAAUAUUAUAAGUUGCACACAUACCGAAUUUUGCCAAUCUGUAGGGAAUCUAUUGAAUUUAAACUGAAGACAUAUAUUUAUUAGUGUUUUGAAGGUGAUUUGAAGGCCUAUUUAAAAUUACGUUAAAGAUUAAGGUCAUCCUGCAUGUGCAUUAUUUUAGCCGAAAUUUGCUUAAAUUCCCAAUUGUUUGAUUUACUGAGAAGUUAUGACGGUAUACAAAAGAUCAUUCAUGGCAUAGGAUGAUGCGGGCAGUCAGCACCAUAGACAUUGUUUAUGGUGCAAAUUAUAUACGUAAUUAAAAAAUAAUGAACUGCAAAGAAUCCGCUUAAUUUGCGGUGAAAACUUUCUACAACAAGGGAGUAACUCACGAACAAACAUUUUGCGUAGUGAAAAACGGCAAAAGCAAAAUAAAAAAAAUCUUCGGCACAAGUUAUAACACCUGGACAGUCGAUUUUAUUUCAAACCAUAUUGAAAAAUAUGUUUCAAAAUAUGGCUAUCAAUUUCAUACUGCAUGCAAACUCAAUGGGACACGCAUUUAUGAUAAUUUUUGUGUAAGGCUAAAACUAUACCACAUAUUAGUUUUCAUUUUUUUUUAAUAUUGUGUUUGCUUCUUUUGGAAGCGUUAUAUACAUGUAAUUGAAAUUUUUUUAAUUUGACUAUUCUUUUAAAUUUUCAAACGUUUCUAAGCUACUUGCCAGGUUACAAACAUUUAUAUUACACGAUAAAAUUGCAUUUUGUGAUGUGCCCAUAAAAUAUUAUCCAUAUUUUCUUCCCUCUUCGAAUUACCGUUUCUAUUUUUUUUAAAUGUGUAAUUUCAUGAAAACCAUUAACAAACAGGACAUUGUAAAACAUUAGAAACUAAUGUACAACUAGUGUACCAGCAAAAGUGCUACGAUCACGAUUGUGUGAUUACAAUACAGUUGUAAAUCCUGAGCAGAUAAUAUAGAAGCACCCAAAAUCUUCAAUUAACCAUAGACCGUAGCAUUUUUUGCUUCGUUUGAGUAAAAAAUCAGUGAGUAAAUUAUAGCAAAGAGAGCUUCCAAUAGUCAAAAAACGGUUACUACUGUGAUUUGACGUACGACGCCUCUUGCGAAAUACAAACAGAAAUAAGAUAAAAUACAUCUGAAACGUCAACGACAAUAUACGUACGAAAAGUGUAUGUAGGUGCAAAAAAACUAGAAAUAAAUAAUCUGCGAAAACAAAAUCUCUAAAUAAAAGUAUGAAUGACACAUUGAAUGCGAAAAGUGUUGGAUCGCUUAAGCAGGUGGAAAAAACUGAGUUUAAAAAAAAUAAUCAUUUGUAUACGAAUUAUGAAGAAAUAAUUUCAAGAAAAUCUAAUAAUUUCUGCAAACACAGUAGACACCUUUGACAAUAAGUGUGUCUGCACAAAUAAGUUAAAGCGUAGUGUGAACAAAGUAAAAAACAACAGGAACAUGUUAAGAGGUCGCGAAAUAACAUACAUUAUACACAAUAUUUUUAAAUUUAUUUGCGGUUGAAAUAAUGCCGUUCAAUGCACAUAGCUUUUUUCUGUACCCAUAGUUAUGAUAUGUGCUAUGAUAUAUAUAUAUAUAUAUAUAUAUAUAUAUAUAUAUAUAUAUAUAUAUAUAUAUAUAUAUAUAUAUAUAUAUAUAUAUAUUUUUUUUUUUUUUUUGUUUUUUGGUAUUCAACACGUUGUGGUUAUUCUUUUCAUUUCAUCUUCAGUCCUAGUACUAGGUACUAGCCAAUUCGAACAACUGCUUCAAUGUAUAACAUUCACACGUAUAGAUUGAAUGAAUUUGAUGAUGAAAUAAUCCGAACAAAAACGGUAUUGACUCAUACAAAUCAGCAUAAAAAUCUCAUUUUACUUAAAACAAAAAUAGAAGAAAAAUCUUAUUAGUGUACAAAAGGAUUUGUCUAUUAAAUGUGAAAAAAUAUUAAGACUCCCUCAGGUAUACGAAAGCAAAUGCCCAAAAUUUUCAAGAUGCAAGGUCCAUAAAAUGUCAUUGUAAUAAUGUAAAUGACAUUAACCAUUCACGAAAAAAAACUGUCUCAGUUAUUAACACACAUCUGAAAAUCGAUUUGAGUGUUAUGUCUUCAUAAGUCUGUUGUGUAACUACUUAGGCUGAUUAAAAGCUUUUAUUGUUUCAAAAGAUGUAUCAAAAUCCAUUUAUCAAAAAACCGCGUUAAUUUCAACUCACUAAACAGUAGUAAAACAUGAUAUUAUGUAUUUCGUUUUUUUUAUUCUGUAUUUUUAUAGGCAAAUACAUUAUAUCGAUAACGGAAAGUGUGGUAAAAAUAUUUCUGAAUGAAACAAAUAACACGUGUGAAUGGCUAGCUGUUUCCAGAGUAAAAACGAACGCUGUAAGAAAAAACACACACAAAAAAAUGAAGUAGGAGACGAAACAAAAGCAUGUAUACGAAAACGAUUUAAAAAUCUAUCUAUUAAAUUUAAAUUUUAUGUGUACUUAAUUAUAAUGCUACAGAAUAAUAAAAAAUCUACUUAUUCAUCUA